GGCAUGCUUUCUUCUCUCACAACGACGGCCAUCUCACACAGCUGUAGGACGAUUAGACGUCUCCCACUCCGUUCCCUUACCCGUCCUCGCAUACACAAAAUGGAGAAUAUGAGCAACUCGUUCACCUUCGCCACCCACGCCCCGUCCACCGCCUCAGGGCUAUCAUACCUCCCAGUCCCAGCAGACGGCUUCGUCCCCUCCCCACUGCCCAACACAUCCCACUCCGUCUUCCCCCUGCCGCAGGAGACACCCGCGAGGGACAAGAACGAAUACCGACUCCUGCGACUGGGAAACGGACUACAGGUCUUGCUCAUCCGGGAUGCGGAGACGGACAGGGCCGGGGCGGCGAUGGAUAUCGGUGUGGGGCACUUGGAUGACCCAUGGGACGUCCCUGGUUGUGCGCACUUUUGUGAACAUCUGAGCUUUAUGGGUACGAAGCAGUUCCCGAAGGAAAACGAUUACCAGGAGUUUAUACAGACCAAUGGAGGUGGGACGAACGCAUUCACCGCAACGAGCAACACAAACUACUAUUUCCACAUCAACGCUUCCCAGCUCUUCCCCGCACUAGAACGUUUCGCCCCUUUCUUCCACUCCCCGCUCUUCUCCAAGUCCGCCACGCUCAAAGAGCUCCAAGCAGUAGACAGCGAGCACAAAAAGAACCUGCAAUCCGAUUCCUGGCGACUCUUCCAGCUGUCAAAGUCCCUCGCUCGGCCAGGUCACGUAUGGACAAAGUUCGGCUCAGGGAACGCCCUCAGCCUAGGAGCCGCAGAGGACGAAGGCCUCCUCGCGAGGGAGAAGCUUAUCAAGUGGUGGGAACAGAGUUAUGCUGCUGAGCGUAUGGGCCUCUGCGUCUACGGGAAAGACAGCUUAGACGAUAUGGAGCGGCACGUCGCUGCGCUCUUCUCCCCCGUCCCUAACCGCGGACUAGACGGACUCCCGCUGUACGCUGAGCCCGCCUACGGCCCAGACCAGAUGGGCACCCUCGUCUGCGCGAAGACGGUCAUGGAUUUCCGCAAUUUGGACAUCUCGUGGUGCAUUCCCUGGCAAGGCAAGAACUACACCGUCAAGCCGGCAGAAUUUGUGAGCCAUUUCCUCGGGCAUGAGGGGCAGGGAAGCCUCUUUGCAUACUUGAAGAAGCGGGGGUGGGCGCUCGGGCUCAGCGCGGGGAAGAGCGCUGCUGGUAGGGGUUUCAUGUUCUUCAAGGUACAGGUGCAGCUUACGAAGGAGGGAUUCGAGAACUACGAAGACGUCCUCGUCGCUGUGCACAAGUACAUCAGCCUGCUGCGCGCGUCGCUCUUCCCGGCUUGGAUACAAGAAGAGCUCAUCCAGAUCAGCAAGAUCAACUUCGACUUCCUCGAAAAGCAGCCUGCAGAACGAGUAGCUUCCUUCCUAGCUGCGGAGAUCACCAAGCCCUAUCCACGGGACCGGCUGCUGUCAACCCACGCGCUCCCGAGAGAGUGGGAUGAGCUCCAAGUACGGGAGGUGCUUGGCUCCCUCACGCCGAGAGAGAGCAGCAUCAUGCUCGUCUCUCCCGACAUGCCUGAAGAGCGACUCGGCAACAGGGAGAAAUGGUAUGGGACGGAAUACGGUGUCCACCGGCUCUCGGACGAGUUCUGGGCCCGCACGGAACAGGAUAACGACCUCCCCGAUCUGUACCUGCCGGACAAAAAUGCCUUCAUCCCCCAAGACCUUGCUGUCUUGCUCUCCUCUCCCGUCCCAAAGCCAGCACAGAAGCCCAGCCUGAUCUACUCUUCCCCGACCGCCCAGGUCUGGCACAAACAGGACGACCAGUUCCUCGUCCCCAAAGCGAGCGUGAACCUCGACCUCCGUUCACCGGUGUGCAACGUCACCCCCCGCCAGGGGCUGAAGACCCGCAUGUUUGGCGAACUCGUCCGCGACGCGCUCAACGAGUACUCGUAUGUUGCCGGCCUUGCAGGCCUCUACUGCGGCGCGGGAGGACACGCGGAUUCGUUCGAGAUCCACGUCGAUGGGUAUAGCGACAAGCUCCCCGUGCUCCUGCAGACGGUGAUAGAUCGUAUCAAGGGUCUGGAGAUGGAACAAGAGAGAUUCGACGUCCUCCGCCAGGAUCUGAGAGAGUCGUAUGCGAAUUUCGAGAGGGAUCAGCCGUAUGCUCAGGCGGACUGGUGGCUCUCCCAUGUGCUGAAGGAUAGGCUUUGGACGCAUGAUGUCAAGCUUCAGGAGCUGGAAGCGCUCACUCUGGAGGAGGUGAGAGCGCAUGCAAAGGACUUGCUGUCGAGGAUGAACAUGGAUGUGUUGAUCAUGGGUAAUGUUACUGAGGAGGCGGCGUUGGAGAUGGCUAAGAAGAUAGAGACCACGCUUGCCCCUAGACCGUUGACGGCUGUGGAGAAGAUGAAGGACAGGGCGUACUUGUUGCCGCAUCCAUCGAACCAUGUUCUCAAGAGGGAUGUGCCCCUUGCAGACGACUUCAAUAGCUCCCUCGCCUACUACGUCCAGAUCGACGGAGAGUACGGCGACGUGCGCAAGCGCGCUCUUCUACACCUCUUCGCGCACAUCAUCCACGAGCCUUGCUUCACCGAGCUCCGCACCAAGGAGCAGCUAGGGUACAUCGUCUUCUCCCAGCCGUAUCCUCUCUCUGCCACACUGGGCCUGCGGAUCGCCAUUCAGAGCGAGCGGGAUCCUAUCUACCUCGAGAGCCGCGUUGAGGCGUUCUUCGACUUUGUUAAGAAGCAUCUAGACGAUAUGUCCCAGGAGGAGUUUGACAAGCUCCGGGACGGACUGAACGAGAGGAGUUUGCAGAAGCUCAAGAACCUCGGCGAAGAGUCGAAUCGGUUCUAUAGGAGCAUCCAUAAUGGAUACAUGGACUUUAUGCGGCGCUUCAUCGAGGCAGAGGAGACAAGCAAGUUGACUAAGCAGGACGUGAUCGAUUUCUUCAUGGAACACGUACACCAAUCAUCCCCCACACGUGCGAAGCUCUCGGUACACAUGCGCUCCCGUCAUGCUAACAAAAGCGGCGCGGCACCCGCCAGAUUCACCAUGGACGCUGCGAAAGCGCUCCUCCCAACUCUGAAGGAGUACAAACUCCCUAUCGAAGAAGACCAGUACUUUGCUCUCUCUGCGCCUGAGCCUCCGCUUGCUGCCGUGACCGAGUUCAUGCAGGGCUUCCUUGCCAGCAUUCAAUUGCACGAGGAUGAAGUUCAUAAGGUUAUGGCUGCUCUGGAGCAAGCCGCCAAGGAUCAUCCGGCGAAAUCUGUCGAAGGAGAGGCCGAAUUCAAGCUGUCCCCUAGCGCGGUCAUCAUUGAUGACGUUCCUACAUUCCAGGCUGGACUGGUGCUGUGCAAGGCUGCAGUACCGGUGCCUCAGAUCGACCUGGACACCAACGUUGUGACGAAUGGGAUCCAGAACGGAAAGCCGUCCAAGCUUUAGCGUUAGAUGGUAUAGAUGGUAUCUGUUUGUGUGACCAAUGUACUGUAGAUCUGCAAGGACUAUUGCCUUUGU